CACAGAGAAAGUAGCAAUUUUUAAAUGGCUCAGUGAUUUGAGUAUUAUUAGCAAACACUUCUGUUUGUAUUCAUUGGAAAUUGCUCAUGCAACAAGAUUUCUGAUCACUUACAAAUGUACAGUGUUUUCUUGUGGUCCCUCUUAUGUAUGUGACUUCAGGAGCAGUUGGCCUGAUGGAGAAGAAACAGAGAGACCCACGAACAUCUGGGGUUAACCUUGUGGGUGUAUUUGAGAAUUUGAGGCUUUGUCAGAGCCCUGAUAAAGAACACAUCCCUCCGCAGCCAACAACCCAAUUGGGGGCAUCAAAUUGUGGGGUACCCUGCAUGCUUCCACCUGAGACAGAUAGAAGAGCCAUGAGUGAGGUCAGCAAACCUACACUUAUGCAGCCCAGCCAGGUGCUCUGUAGCACCGAACCAAAGGAAGAUGUGCCACAGAGUCCCAGAGGCCUCACUGUCAAAUGUCUCAACUCUUUUCGAGGCAAGAUCAUUUCAGACAACUGGAGGAUUCAACAGGACACAGACUCUGAGUCCAGCAUUGGUGAUGGAAGCAGAAGAAAGCAGAGAACAGAAGAACCAGAAGAGAAAAAAAUUGCUUUGGAGCUUCUGGACACUGAGCGAGCGUAUGUCAACCGCCUUCAUCUUCUGGACCAGGUGUUUUUAGCAGAGCUGCUGAAGGAAGCCAGAAAUACAAAAGCAUUCCCAGAAGAGGUGGUAAAAAUGAUAUUCUCUAAUAUCUCAUCCAUUUACAACUUCCACGCCAAGUUUUUCCUGCCAGAGCUACAGAAACGUAUAGAGAAUUGGGAUACAAAUCCCAGGAUUGGGGACAUCAUCCUGAAAGUUGCUCCUUUUCUGAAGAUGUAUAGUGAAUAUGUGAAGAACUUUGACAAGGCAGUGGAGCUGAUCACCACAUGGUCUGAAAAGUCCUUGCCGUUCCAGGAACUCAUCUCACACAUUCAGAAAGAGGAGAUCUGUGCGAACUUAACCUUACAGCACCACAUGCUGGAACCUAUACAGAGAAUCCCCAGAUACGAACUCCUUCUGAAGGAUUAUAUUCGAAAGCUGCCUCUGGAAUCACUGGACCAAGAGGAUGCACAGAAAGCUCUGGAGUUGAUUUUCACAGCAGCCAAACACUCUAAUGCUGCCAUUGCAGAAAUGGAACGACUUCAGAACCUUUGGGAGGUGUAUCACAGGCUGGGGCUGGAAGAUGACAUCGUUGACCCUUCAAAUGAGCUGAUUAAAGAGGGACCCAUUCAGAAAAUCUCUUUCCGGCACAACACCACAACAGAGAAAUACCUGUUCUUGUUUAAUAACCUGCUGCUUUAUUGUGUGCCCAAAGUCAUUCAAGUGGGUGCGGAGUUUCAGGUGCGAAGCCGGAUUGAUGUGGAGGGAAUGAAGGUUCGAGAACUAAAUGACGUGGAGUUUCCUCAUGCUUUCCUUGUGUCUGGAAAACAGCGAACUCUAGAAUUACAAGCCAGAUCCCAGGAUGAGAUGGAUGCCUGGAUAAAGGCAUUUCAGUCUGCCAUUGACAAGAAGGAGAAAAGGAAUGAGUCCUUCAAGGCAGCCAUCCAAAGGCCAGAAGCAGAGACUCAAGACUUGAAAAAAUACCAGCCUGAGGAACUGGGCAAUAGGGCUCCUCAGUGGGUAAGAGACAAGCUGGUAACCAUGUGCAUGCGUUGCAAGGACCCGUUCAAUGCUAUCACACGCAGAAGGCAUCACUGCCGGGCCUGUGGCUAUGUGGUGUGUGGCCGCUGUUCCAAUUACAAGAUUGAGUUGCAGUAUGACAAGAAUGGACCCAAACGUGUCUGUGUGGAAUGCUACACCUUUCUGACGGGACAUUUGCUGCAUGAUAAGCCAUGUGGGAAGCACAAAGGGAUUUUGGAGAAAGGAUCUGCAGAAAUAUCAGGACAGAGUCUGAUGUGCAGUUUCCUUCAGCUUCUGGACAAGAAUGGAAAAGGGAGCAAGAAGGGCUGGUUUGUGAUCGCACGAGAUGACCCUCUUGUGUUGUAUAUUUAUGCUGCACCUCAGGAUGUCAAAGCGCACACCUCCAUCCCCCUUCUGGGCUACCAAGUCAAAGAGUUGCCUCCAAGUGAUGCCCGUCACAUGUUCCAGUUGGUGCAGUCCAAACAGGUGUAUACAUUGGCUGCAGAGACAGAGGACUUGAAACAGCGGUGGAUGAAAGCCAUAGCGCACUCUGCCUGCGGCGAAGAAGAGGAAGACUCAUUUGAUGAAAUGGAAUAAUCAGAGCCUUGUUGUGAAAUAAAUGCCUACUGUGAAUCACUGAAGCACAUGUGUACAAGUAAAACAUUGUUGGAUUUUUUCCUGUAAUAAUAUUUUCCAGUUACAGGUUGAGCAUUCCUUAUGUAGAAUUCUAAAACCCAAAAUAUUCCAAAAUCCGAAAUUGUCCAUAUGAAUGACUGAGAUAAUGAAACCUUGGCUAUCUUUGUUUCAUGCACAAAAAUUAUUUUACAUAAUGGCAUACAAUUAACUUCAGUCUAUGUGUAGAAGAUAUAUAUGAAACAAAAAUGAAUCCUGCAUUUAGACUUGAGUCCCAUCUCCAGGAUAUCACAUUAUGUAUGUAUCGUAUAUGCAAAUACAAGUAUUCCAAAGUAUUUCUGGUCUCAAGCAUUUUGGAAAAAGGAUACUCAAUCUGUAUAACUCUUCAGUCAUUUUUGCAUGUCAUAGUGUAUUUGCCCUAGUACCGAGUUCUCUAGUUUGCUUUUGAGCUUAUCAUGUGGAAGUUGGAUCAAAUGCAUUAAUCAAAUCAUGGUGUUUUGUUGUUGAGACCUAUAUUUGCUGAUAUACUUGUUUACCCAUUCACAUAUACACUCAAACAUAUCCUGUAUAAUAAUACCAACAGCACUUCCUGUAUGUACAAAGAUUCCCACUGUUUUGAUUAGUAAAAUCAACCUCUUGUGCUGCAGAAUCCAGAUGCUCUUUUCAUGAAAGGAGUAAGUGGUACCUACAAUGAUGCUGGGAAAAUUCCCAUUACUUUGUGGGUUUGCUAGUGGAAUUCAGUGAGGAAAAGUUAUGGCAAUUGGCAAGCAUAUGCCCAACAUUAUUAUAAUGUUGGUGAGGGAUUUAUUUGCUCAUCCAACAUAGGGCCAAGCUAUCUGAUGUGCCAAGAGAGAUAUCGGUGUAUACCAGUUCCUGUGAUGGCCACCAGUUUAGAUGGCUUUUUAAAAGGUUCCAACACAUUCAUGGAAGUUAGAUUUACCAUAUGCUAUGAGAACUAUAUGGAGCCAAAACAGAAAAGCAGCAGAAGAGGGCUAUCAGUGUCAAGCGCUCAACAACAAAACCCACAAAAGAGUGAUAACUUUGUGGGCCAACCAAAUGCACAAAAUAUAUCCAGCAAGCUUUUGAAGCUCCACUGACUUCUUUGUUAAACAAAAUAUAUUUUUUAAAAAAUACAAAAGAAGAAAAGAGCCAAUAUCAGAGCCAUAGAGCUACAUUGUCAGAUGUUGUUUCUAUUGUUGCCUUGGCACUGAGAUAAAGGACAGUAAAAUUUAAACUUCUUUCACAGCAAUAAAAUAACUUUGCUUGGGA